UCAUCCCAAUAUGCCGUUGGACCUGUUCUUCAAGGAUAGUGUAAUACCCGACGUGUUUUUCGAGCUACCGAAAACACAAUGCAGGACGCUGAAGUGGACCCUUUGCACUUACGAAAACAUACGUGACGACAUGGAGCUCCUCUCGACUGAGGUCCUCGAGGACUUGGUACUGAUGCACGAUCGUGACUACUUUUCUGACGACGAAGACGACGACGACGGGCCGACAACAUCUCCCAAACUUACCUUGUUCGGCGACUCCACGCCCCGUCUACAGAGCGUCUCGUUAUAUGGCCUCCACUGGGCGCCGAAUAACCGCUUCAGCACCGUCACGCAACUGCUGAUAGGCUACUGCUUCUGGUCCCAUCCCGUUACGACAAUCCUGAAUCUCCUCGGUGGCACCCCCCAGCUGGUGGAUCUCGUCCUAUCGGGGAUGCUGCAGAAGCAGCGAGGAGAGGCUGAAUCUGUGGGCAGAGCGGGGCGGGUAUGCCUGAAGGACCUUCGCCGGUUCGCCCUCCACAACGUUGGCGUUGCGGGUGAUGGUGUUGCGCUGCUGCUGUCCAAGUUGGAUCUGUCGCCACAAACGAUCAUCGUCGCGAACGGCGCCCGGUGCAACUCUUCGGCAGACGGACCCUGGAUAUCGGCGGCGCUAUCUCGACUAAACCUGGGUUUUGUGAAGCCUACAAGAAUGCACCUCGUGUCUUGCGCCAUGUCACGAAAGUUCCGGCAGCCCGGUAAACUCCUACUGUCCGUCGUCGCCGCCAGUCGACAUGGCGGGCUCUUCUCACCGGGAAGACUCGUCUCGCUUGUCGACCAGGGCUACCGCUUCUCCGAUGUCUUCCCCUUGUCUCAAGUGCAAGAUCUGUGCUACCUCGAAUCUUUCUAUAUGAACGUCGAAGAUCCGUGGUCGUCGCGGAUGUGGUCCUCCAUCCUAUCUGAGCUGCCAGCGCUGGAACAGCUCACGGUAUUGGGCCGCAACCUACCGCACAUCGCUCAAGGGCUCGAGGACAGCCACAAAAGCGGCGAGGGGUCAGAGCACGAUCAGCAGCCCAUAUGUCCACGGUUAACCCGGAUCGUCGUAUUCUUGUCGUCCCAGGAUCCGCACGUCGGCGAGGUCAUGGCAAGGCUUGCCGCAAUACGGGACCGUUUGCCCUUCUCCAAGGUCACCGUUGGGUACCUUCCGGGCUACUAUCACGAUAGGUGGACAUUCAAUUGGGGUUAUCAUCCCUGCCCCUUCGAGGCAGAAUACGUUGACUACAAAGAUGUGCCGCCGAUGGAGACCCCAUGGCCGGACCACCCUGAACUCCCCGAACUUCCUACUGUAUAUUGGCCUACGAUUGCGCAGUGGACCGACUAUUACUGUAGACUCCCUCGCUAGUGAGUUGCCAGUAGGUCUUAUGUGUGGAACGAGGACAGUAGAAUCGGAGUGCUUUGACUUCAGUUCGGCCUGUCGUACUAAUCGCUGCAUGCGGGACCUUUACGUCCCUCGGCAUUUGUGGACUAGUGCUUCUCCGUCCUGUGCAAUGGUUUACUACAACCCUCAGAGCUGAUUGGCAUUCGCCGUGUCUCAUUAGACG